AUGAGUCUAGAAGCCGUGACGCAGGGAGAAUGGGAGGAGGAGGCCGAGAAUUCUGCCUGUCCCCCUGCCAGGUCCACACUGGUCCUGCCUGUCCCCCUGCCAGGUCCACACUGGUCCUGCCUGUCCCCCUGCCAGGUCCACACUGGUCCACACUGGUCCUGCCUGUCCCCCUGCCAGGUCCACACUGGUCCUGUGUGCCCCCCUGCCAGGUCCACACUGAGCAAAGGGAGCAGAGACUCACACGAACCUCGUGAUGAAAUGAAUGUGAAGGUCCUGGAUUUUGAGCACUUCCUGCCCAUGCUGCAGACAGAGGCCAAGAACAAGGACCAGGGCACCUACGAGGACUAUGUUGAAGGCCUUCGGGUGUUUGACAAGGAAGGGAACGGCACUGUCAUGGGUGCUGGAAUCCGGCAUGUCCUUGUCACACUGGGUGAGAAGAUGGCAGAGGAAGAAGUAGAGAUGCUGGUGGCAGGACAUGAGGACAGCAAUGGUUGUAUCAAGUAUGAAGCGUUUGUGAGGCAUAUCCUGUCGGGGUGA